AUGCCUCCAGUAACAGUCACGCCAGCCAACGGCAGGCAGCCGGAUGUCCUACAGAAAGCUUGCCAGCGUUACGUCACAGCGCCCUUGACUAGACUCUCCUGCACAGUAACAGAGAGGAAGCCGGAGCAGCUGGCCCUGGAGGCCACACAGCAAAGCCACAAGCAGGGGAACACUUUGAGCCAGGAGCUUGAAAGGAUUGCCGCCCCGGGGGGACGACGCAUUGAGCAAGCACGUGCCUGCACCCCACCUCCACCCACCUACCCACAUUCACUUGGACCCCCUGCCAAGCCACACUGGGGUACUUACAGCCUUGCUUGGGCAGGCUGGGGAGCCCAGCUCCUAGAGCAAACACGGGAAACUAAACAGUUUGCACAGAAUGAAAUUUGGCCCGUGGAAGGUGCCUUCCUGCAGCUGGCGGUUAACACCAGCAAUGACCGCUUUAUAAGGCAGUCCCUCGGAGUUGGGAGGCGGCAGUCUACCUGGGACACUCGAGGAAGCACACGAGGCGGAAAGUGGACGGGUGACUCGCGCCACCGCCUCUCCCGAGGGCGCGUACUGACCAGGAUGUCAGACAAGCUCAAGGAACGCAAAAGAACCCCCGUUUCCCACAAAGUGAUAGAAAAGCGGAGGAGGGACCGGAUUAACCGCUGCUUGAACGAGCUGGGCAAGACUGUGCCCAUGGCCCUGGCGAAGCAGAGUUCCGGGAAGCUGGAGAAGGCGGAGAUCCUGGAGAUGACCGUUCAGUACCUGAGAGCCCUGCACUCGGCUGAUUUUCCUCGGGGAAGGGAAAAAGAACUGCUAACGGAGUUCGCCAACUACUUCCACUACGGCUACCACGAGUGCAUGAAGAACCUGGUGCAUUACCUCACCACCGUGGAGCGGAUGGAGACCAAGGACACCAAGUACGCGCGCAUCCUCGCCUUCUUGCAGUCCAAAGCCCGCUUGGGCGCCGAGCCCGCCUUCCAGCCGCUAGGUUCGCUCCCGGAGCCGGAUUUCUCCUAUCAGCUACACCCAGCCGGGCCCGAACUCGCGGGCCACAGCCCCGGGGAGGCUUCCGUGUUCCCGCAGGGUGCUGCCCCCGGGCCCUUCCCUUGGCCGCACAGCACCGCCCGCAGCCCGGCACUGCCCUACCUGCCCAGCGCGCCCGUCCCGCUCCCGAGCCCUGCGCAACAGCACAGCCCCUUCCUAGCGCCAGUGCAGGGGCUGGACCGGCACUACCUCAACCUGAUCGGCCACGCCCACCCCAACGCCCUCAACCUGCACCCCUCCCAGCACCCCCCGGUGCUCUGACGCUGCCUCGCGGGCCAGAUUUCCCCAAGCUUCGGGCUCUGCUUAGGAGAAAUACUGUAUAUUGUACAGGUGUAAAUAUUGUGCCACCAAAAAACUGGGUGGGAGAAA